AUGUCAAUAUCAAUUUGAAAGAUUGUUGAUGUUAAAAUUUUAAGGUUAAGUGAAUUGAACGUUUAUAAACGAAAAACGUGAGUUAAUUUCCAAGAAAAUGGUUAGACGUAGUAGAGAUCGAAGUAGGACACCAGAAAGAAAACGUAGACGAUCUCGUUCAAAAAGCAAAGAGAGAUCAAAAUCUUCCAGAUACAGAAGAAGUAGAUCAAGGGAAUCUAAAGAUUCCAGACGACGAAGUAGAUCACGUUCUAAAGAACGUAGAGAUAGAAAUAGGGAACGAAGGUCGUAUAGUAGGGAAAGAGAUCGUGACAGAGAUCACAGAGACAAAGACCGUAGAAACGAAAAUAGCAAAUCAUCCCGUAGAAGAACUAGAUCCAGAUCAAAAGAAAAAACUAAAAUAGACGAUAGUGGGUUGUCGUUCGAUCCGGCUAAUCUCGAUAAAGAGGAAGAACAGAAAAAACUCGAAAUGGAAAUGAUGAAAAGAAGGGAGAGGAUCGAGAGAUGGAGAGCAGAGAGAAAAAAGAAAGAACAAGAGGCUUUGAAGAAAGACGUGAGUAAAGUCAAAACUGAGCCUGCUACUGAACUUACCGCAAAGAAAUGGUCGCUUGAGGAUGAUUCUGAAGAUGAAGAUAAGAACGAAAAGCUCGACGUUAAAGAGGAACGAAAAGACGUUUCCGAAGAAGCCAAACAAGUCGCCAUCACUUUAGCGGAAACUUUAAAAGAAAAAUCCCCCAUAAAAACCGAAACCAAAGAAGAAGAAGAAGAAGAAGAAGAAGAAGAAGAAAAAGAAAAAGAAGAAGAGGAAGACGUUGAUCCGCUAGACGAAUACAUGAAAGGCGUCCAAGCGGAAGUUAGAAAAAUCAACAAAUUCGAAGUGACGAAAAAACCCGGCGACGCCGUACAAAAAAAAGGUUCGCUGGUAAUAGUAACCGGCGUUGCCAAAUCUAAGAGCAACGUGAAAAAAGGCGAAUUGAUCGAACAGAAUCAAGACGGUUUGGAAUAUUCUUCCGAAGAAGAACAAGAAGAUCUGAAAGACACCGCCGCCAAUAUAGCCAACAAACAAAAAAAGGAAUUGGCCCGCAUAGAUCACAACAACAUCGUUUACAUACCGUUCAGGAAGAAUUUCUACGUCGAAGUACCGGAAAUAGCGAAAAUGAAAAACGACGAAGUCGACGCCUACAAAGAAGAAUUAGAAGGCAUCCGAGUCAAAGGCAAAGGCUGUCCGAAACCGAUAAAAACCUGGGCGCAAUGCGGCGUUUCCACCAAAGAAUUAAACAUAUUAAAAAAAUUAAAUUUCGACAAACCGACUCCGAUACAAGCCCAAGCCGUGCCGGCCAUAAUGUCCGGCAGAGAUUUGAUCGGUAUCGCGAAAACCGGCAGCGGCAAAACUUUGGCGUUCCUCCUACCGAUGUUCCGACACAUAUUGGACCAACCGCCGUUAGAAGACACCGACGGCCCCAUCGCCAUCAUAAUGACCCCCACUCGCGAAUUGUGCAUGCAAAUCGGCAAAGACAUAAAAAAAUUCACGAAAAGUUUAAAUUUGCACGCGGCGUGCGUCUACGGCGGCACCGGCAUAUCCGAACAAAUAGCCGAAUUGAAACGCGGCGCCGAAAUAAUAGUGUGCACCCCCGGUAGAAUGAUCGAUAUGCUCGCCGCGAACAGCGGCAAAGUCACCAACCUACGGCGAGUCACUUAUAUAGUUCUCGACGAGGCCGAUAGGAUGUUCGAUAUGGGAUUCGAACCGCAAGUUAUGCGUAUCAUCGACAACGUCCGACCCGAUCGACAAACCGUCAUGUUCAGCGCCACCUUUCCCCGACAAAUGGAAGCUCUCGCCAGGAGGAUAUUGCAGAAACCGAUCGAGGUUCAAGUCGGCGGUAGAUCGGUCGUGUGCAAGGACGUCGAACAGCACGUCGUCAUAUUGGAGGAGGAUCAGAAAUUUUUGAAAUUGUUGGAAUUGUUGGGUGUGUAUCAGGAAUCGGGCAGCAUAAUAGUUUUCGUGGAUAAACAGGAAAACGCCGAUAUAUUAUUGAAGGAAUUGAUGAGGGCCGCUUACAAUUGCAUGAGUUUGCACGGCGGCAUCGAUCAAUUCGAUCGCGAUUCGACCAUAGUCGAUUUCAAAAACGGCAAAGUUAAAUUGUUGAUAGCUACGUCGGUGGCGGCGCGCGGUUUGGACGUCAAACAAUUAAUAUUGGUCGUCAAUUACGAUUGCCCGAACCAUUACGAAGAUUACGUCCACAGGUGCGGUAGAACGGGCCGAGCGGGCAAUAAAGGAUUCGCUUAUACGUUCAUAACGCCCGAUCAAGGCAAAUACGCCGGCGAUUUGAUCAAAGCUUACGAAUUAGCCGCGGUGCAAGUACCGGAACCGUUGAGGAAUCUGUGGGAGAGCUACAAGAAUAAACAAGAAGCCGAAGGGAAGAAAGUACACACCGGAGGCGGUUUUAGCGGUAAAGGUUUCAAAUUCGACGAAUCCGAAGCGGCGGCCGUUAACGAAAAAAAGAAAUUCCAAAAAGCCGCUUUGGGAUUGGCGGACAGCGACGACGAGGAUUUGGAACAGGACAUCGAUCAACAGAUCGAAAGUAUGUUCGCUACGAAAAGGACGGUCAAAGAGAUCAAAGCCCCUUUGGGUAUCAUAAAUCAGGCGGCGUUGAACGCCACCCUAACGACGGCGGUGGAUAAAUUGGAAUUGGCCAAAAAGUUGGCGUCCAAGAUAAAUUUAUCGAAGAAUGCGAGUUUGGAUACGAAAUUCGCGACGCGGCAAGCCGCCGAAUCGAUAUUGAAAGGCAGCGGUCCCCAACCGGCGAUAACCGCCAAAACCGUAGCGGAACAAUUGGCGGCCAAAUUGAAUACGAAAUUAAAUUACCAGCCGAAAGACGACGACGACGACGACGACAGAAACACCGACGACGAACAAACUUUCCGGAAAUACGAAGAAGAAUUGGAAAUAAACGAUUUCCCGCAACAGGCCAGAUGGAGGGUGACUUCCAAGGAGGCGUUGGCGCAAAUUUCCGAAUAUUCCGAGGCGGGCAUCACCGUCAGGGGUACGUACGUACCGACGGGGAAGAGUCCGCCGGAAGGGGAAAGGAAAUUGUAUUUGGCCAUCGAGAGUACGUCGGAUAUGGCGGUAUCGAAGGCUAAAGCGGAAAUAACGAGGCUGAUUAAAGAGGAAUUGCUUAAAUUACAAACCGCCGGCCAUCAUACUUUCAAUAAAGCGCGUUAUAAGGUUGUCUAAGUUCGGGGACAAUCUUUAUAUGUGUCCGGUAUAGUGUUUCGACGGGGGGGUUGUUUUGUUUUUUUCUUUCGCGAUGAUUACCCCGUAGUAGAUGUACGUGUCAUUUGGACGCAAAAAUAUCGAAAUCCGUAUGAAAUUCGUAGGUUACGUUCGUAUGUACGGGGUGUGGAUGAAAUCUAUUCUUUUCGAAAACCAUUUUCUAUCUUAUUUUAGUGAAAUCGCCCUGUAUAGGUACGUGUUUUCCAUCAUUGAUUCAAAAAAUGUCGAAAUCUGCAUAAAAUAUGUAAUUUACAUUAAAGAAAUGUCAAAAUUUAUCUAAAAUCCAAAAUUGCAUUCAUAUCUACGAGGUGUAUAUGAAAUAAAAUUAUUUCGAGAGUAUUUUCUAUCUUUUUUUAGCGAAAUCACCCUGUAUGAGUACGUGUUUUCCAUCAUUUAUUAAAAAAAAUGUCGUAAUCUAUCUAAAAUCCAAAAUAGCAUUUAUAUCUACGAGGUGUGUAUCAAAUAUAUUUAUUUCGAUAGUAUUUUCUAUCUUAUUUUAGUGAAAUCACCCUGUAUGAUUAUCUGUUUUCGAUCAUUGAUUCAAAAUAUAUCGAAAUUUAUCUGAAAUCCAAAAUUGCAUCCAUAUCUACGAGGUGGAUAUCAAAUAUAGUUUUUUCAAAACCAUUUUCUAUCUUAUUGUAGUGAAAUCACCCUGUAUAGGUACGUGUUUUCCAUCAUUGAUUCAAAAAAUGUCGAAAUCUGCUUAAAAUGUGUAAUUUGCAAACGAAAAAUGUCGAAAUAUAUCCAAAAUUGCAUCAUAGCUACGGGGUGUGAUUAAAAAUAUGAAAUAUACUUGUUUCGAGAGUAUUUUCUAUUUUAUUUUAGUGAAAUCACCCUGUAUGAUUAUCAGUUUUCCAUCAUUGAUUUAAAAUAUAUCGAAAUUUAUCUAAAAUCAAAAAUUGCGUCCAUAUCUACGAGGUGUAUAUCAAAUAUACUUUUUUCAAAACCAUUUUUUAUCUUAUUGUAGUGAAAUCACCCUGUAUAGGUACGUGUUUUCCAUCAUUGAUUCAAAAAAUGUCGAAAUCUGCAUAAAAUAUGUAAUUUAUAUUAAAAAAAUGUCGAAAUUUAUCUAAAAUUCAAAAGUUCAUUCAUAUCUACGAGGUGUGUAUCAAAUAUACUUAUUUCGGAAGUAUUUUCUAUCCCUGUAUAUUUGAAUGAAAAUUCGUUAGAUUUUUCCAUCACGUGUUCAAAAAAUAACUUUUUAUAAGUGCACUCAAUAUAUACAGGGCUUUUAUACGAUUUAGUUUAAUUAUGUGUACAGGGUAUAGUUAAAAGUAUCUAUCGCACUUUUCUUAUAAUACUAAUAUCACCCUGUACGUCAUAGAGAUUGAAAAAAAGCUUUUUGUUGUCAAUUGACUGUAUUUUUAUAAUUGUUCUUCUAUUCUUUUCCUAUAUAAAUUGUAUCAAUAAAAAUAAAAGGACUUGAAA